AUGGGCGACGUCCCUAGCCUGGCACUGAUAUGGGAGCAGACUGCUCCCAAUCCCACCUCGCGAGCAGAGAUAGAAUCAUGCAACCCCAGGACACCAUUCGGCACUGUGCAGCUGGAUCGCCUCCCCGACGUGGAGCAGAUCCUGCUCCUGGCUGAUGAGUUCAAGAUCGACGAGCUGGAGGCACUAAACCUGAUUCAGCGCGGCUAUGAGCAGGUCGGGGAGGUGUCGGCGGCAGCAGGUGCUGGGCAGCUUGUUGAGGCCCGCUCCAGUGCCAUUCAGACACUCUUUGCUGUACUGGAGGCUCUUUCCACAGGCACCCCGCCGCCUUCCUGGGUCCCUGCCGCGGACAUUGACUAUGUGCGGGAACGACUGGAUCGGGGCCAGCCUUGUCAGGACCUGGCGGCCCUGCUGUUGCAGCGCCUGGCCUCCCCAGCCAUUCCAGCCCCAGCAGAUGGGUCUCGUCUGGUCUCACUGGUCAACAGCGCCGGCCAGGCCGCAGAGCGGUCCCUCGCAGCCGCGCAGGAGGAUCUGCUCCUCUGCCAGUGCCUGAGCCUGACCCUGACUCUGCUGUCCAGCCAGGCCGAACCGCCCGCCAAACACCUCCCUCAGCUCCUCCAGCUACUCAGAGGCAGCAUCGACGCCAAGGAGCGCGCGCAUGCCUUUGUCCCGCUCCUGCUGUGCACGCUGUACGUCCUGGUGCCCUGCGUGGACGACCCCGAAGGCAUGGGUGCCCAGCUCCGCUCGCUCCGCUUUGACAAGCAGCUGGACGAGGCGGUGGCGGCGCUGCCCGACCCCACCUGCUCAUCUGUGAAGAUUGCCGUGUCGCAGGCCGCGGUGUCCCACGGCGCGCUCGCCUUCCUGCGCCACGGCGUCCUACUCUCGGCCGUGGUGACCGACGGCCCGGCGCUGCUGGCUGCCGGUGCGGCCCGCCUGGCGCAUGGGCUGGUCUGCGCCCUGCUGGGCACUCCCGAGGGCCAGGGCGUGCUGACGGGGCUGACGCAGGCCUCGCUGGCCAACAGCCAGGCGGAGUUCGAGCGCCCGGACGACCUGGCCUCCCUGCUGGACCUGCUGGGUGCCACGGUGCGCGCCGCCCCCGAGCUCUUCCUGGACGAGGGGCUGCGGCAGGAGGAGUUCACCGACCUCAUGGGGCCCUACUUUGCCAGGACCCAGGUCCUGGCACGCGUGCCCUCCGUCUUCGUGGCCUACCACGGCGUGCUGGCCGCGCUGGCCGCCUCCCCCGACGGCGCACGCUCCAUCUUCGUCCAGCUGGGUGCGGAGCACAACAACGGCGCGGUGGGCUGGCGGCAGGUGUUUGGGGGCCUGGUGCAGGUCAUCCAGCGCUAUGCCCCUGCCCCGCAGCAGCAGGGCAGCGGCGGCGCCGCGCCCCAGAAGCAGCCCGAGGAGGAGCUGCCGCCCUGGGACAGCGCGGGCUUCGCCGUGAUGUCCCACGCGCCGGCCGCCGAGACGGCCCUCUGGCUUGUCCAGCUCACGGAGGAGCUGGGGCUGGGGCCGGUGUGGGAGGUCCUGAUCCAGUGCAUGUGCAGCCCCGUGCCCCAGGAGCUGAAGGCGGCGCUGAAUGCCGCCCUGGCCGCCCUGGCCCGCCUGCCGGAGGUCGCGCCGGCCAUCCUGUCCAGCCUCCUGCCGGCGGUGGCGCGCGCGGAGCGGUACGAGGAGACGCUGUCCUUCACCCGCCUCGCCAAUGUGCUCUGGCGCAGCCUGGGCCCAGUCAGCGCGCAGGGCAUGGACGCAGUGUCCGACUUCAUCGUCGCCACCGUGCUGUCCAGCGUUUUCCAGCGCAGCUACAGGCGCGUGCUGAUGCAUGGGAGGACAGACGUUCUGGAGCUGGAGGCGCAGAAGUGGGAGCUGGCCGAGGCGGGCCUGGAGCACGCCAGCCUGGUGCUGGGGCGCGACUCGCCAGCCCCUGUAUCGAGCGGCGGCGGCGGGCAGGCGCAGGCUAUCCUGCGUGACCUGGCAGGCGAGCGCGGCGUGUACCGCACGCUGUGGAGCGUGCUGGAGGGCGGCGUGCGCACGCUGGUGGACGCACGGUCGGCGGCGCACGGGCGCGCACGGGAGCGCGCCACGCUCGCCGCGCUGCGCUUCCUCUCUGCGGCGCUGGACGCGCGCGACCGCGACGCGGCCGGCGCGGCCGCCGACACGCUGCUGCGCCACGGCCGCGCGCGCCUGCCAGCGCUGCUGGGCCUGGCGGCGUACCCGCUGGACGCGCGGCUGGCAGCUGCGGCGGCCCUGCACGCCGCCGACGCGGCGGUGGGCCUGCACCGCGAAGCGCUGAAACUCUUGCUCCGCACCCUGCUGGGCGACGCAGGGAGCGUUGCGCGGGGCCUGCUGGAGUCGCUGGGCUCGGAGACGACGGCCCCCGCCAGCGCGCUGUCCGACGCCCCGCCCAAGCUGCAGCACCUCGUGCAGGCGCUGGGCCUCGCAGAUGCGCUCUCUGCUGCGCCGUGCCACGCCGUGCUGGAGGGGCUGGCGGCCGAGGUGGCGGGCGACACGGGCGUGGUGGUCGUGGACCUCUUUGCACUCAAGAGUGACCUGCUGCACAGGUUUGACGAGGCCGUCGCCGCCGGCGCCGGGUCCGUGGAGGACACGCGGGCGGCCUUCCAGCUGAUCCUGCGCCACGCCCAGCAGCACAACGCCUGGGCGGAGGAGGCCAGCGCGCGCGCUUUCCUUGCGGGGGCCUGGAGGGACGCGAUCGUGGCCUCGCUGGAGGCGCUGCUGCGCGCGCUGGGCGCCGCUCACGCCGCGCCGCGGGUGCGCACGCCCCUCUGGGCCGCGCUUUCCAGCCUGCUGGCCCUGGUGACGCCGCCGGAGGAGCUGGCGGUGCCAGGGCCUGUCCUGCAGAUCGUGAUGGACGGUGACGACGUUGCUGCUGCCGAUGUUCUUGCGGAGGCCGACGCCGUGUUUGGCGCCCCCUGCGAGUCUAUGCUGCGCACGCUGCGGUCGUCCCGCACCAUGCUGGCAUGCCUGGUGGGGGACGCUGCCUCCCCUGACACCGUCCAGGCGUCCACGGCCCUGAGUCUCCUCGCCACUGCGGUCCGGGUGGACGCCGCGGGCACGGUCGCCGACGUGGUGCAUGCGCAGGGCCUGCCGCAGCGCAUGCUGCAGGACCUGGCACACCUUCCCCACGCCGCCAUCCUGGAGCCCACCAACGCGCGGGGCGUCGUGGCGGAGGCGGCGCUCAACCUCCUGCUGGCCCUGGCCCUGUCGGGCGUGGACAGGGAGGCGCACGCCGCCAACGCGGAGCGCCUCCUGGAGGCCCAGCUCCUACCCAGCCUGGCGCGCUGCGAGGCCUUGGCCACGCACCCCGAGACCCUGGCAGACCCGCUGCAUGCGCGGCUGCACGGGCUGCUGGCCCCCGCGCUGCGCCUGGCGCUGGCGGUGGACACGAGCCUGCCGCAGAGCCCCGCCGCGCGCGGCGCGCUCCUCGUCUUCCUCCGCGCGCGCGCCGCCGUGCUGACCAGGGUGGCGCUCGAUGCGGGGCGGGACGGGGGCCGGCGCGGUGUGGGAGCCCGCGAGCUGGAGCAGGCCGCGCUGGUGGUGGGCCUGGCCGGCUGGGUGCCGGGCCUGCUGGCCGAGGACCCCGCGCUGCAGGGGGCGGUGUACCGCAUGCUGUACCGCUUCCUCUGCACCGACGAGGCCAGCGACAGCCUGGCCGUGGCGCGGCUCCGGGCCCUGCGCGAGUCGGGCGACGGCGCUGACGAGGCCGCCGCCCUGGCAGACAGGAUCCUGGCGCUGCGCUGCGCGCUGGCGGUGACCGGGGACAUCCCCGAUGCGCUGACCUCCGCCGCGCCAGCCGACAGGGACGGCGCCAUGUCGCUGGCGGAGGUGGGGUCCACGCUGGGCACGCUGGGCAGGCUGCACCGCCUGACCUUCCUCGUCGAGCAUCUGCUGGGCGUGCUGCUCUUCCAGCUGCGCGGGCGGGCCGCGGGGAACGACCCCGGGCUGGAGCAGCUGGGGCGCACCUUGGAGCCCCUGCUCCUGCAGCUUGAGCAGAUGGCCGGCGACAGCCUGGCCCCCGCCCGGCGGCUGCAGGACCUCCGCCUGCUGGUCCGGCGGGUCAAGGAGGCCGCCGCUCCGCCGGUGUGA